CCCACUUGGAAGUUUCAUCUGGCCAGGUAGCGAAACCCAAGCACCAGUAGCCAUGGAGCUCGUCUCAUGCAUUGCCAUGUGCCUCUCGCUCGCCUUUCUCCUCCCUUCCCCCGUCGCAGCGACGGCGCCAACCGGCAUGGUAGAGCGGGAAACCAAGCAGCACAUUCUGGCCAGCAUCCCGCCGCACUGGGAGGAGAACCCCGUGUUGUUUCUCACAUCGCCGUCCGGCAAGUACGCGGCCUACUUCAUGCGCAGCCAGACCGCGCCGGGUGCGGGCGGCCUCGGGGCCGACUUCUGCUACGUGGAGAUCCUCGACACCACCGAGCCGGGCGCGGAGGGGCGGAGCGUGUGGGAAUCGGAGUGCUUGGCGGUGAGCACCGUGAACACGUGCGCGCUCGUGUUCUCGUGGGAAGGACUGGAGGUGUUCGACGGGAGCAACUCUGUGUGGCACACGCACGACACGGAGUCGGUCGACAACAACUUCAUCAAGACCCUGCAGCUGGUGGACGAGGGUGACAUGCGCAUCCUCGACAAGGGCGGCGAGCUGGCGUGGAAGGCCAGCGACGAGCCGCGCGCCGCGCAACACUGCGGCAUGCCCGGCUCGCCUGGCUUGGCCCCGGCAAUGCCGCCGUUCGCUGAUCCAAUCGGAAAGGGGAGCAGCAACCUUCCAUUUGGGCAAGAUGAAGGGGGCAACGGCAACAGCUACGGUUCCGUCGGAGGAGUUGCACAACCCGAGCUGCCGUUGGCGCCGGGUGGCGUCGGUGGGCAGGGGCAAGCUGUGGAGAGCGUGGGGGAGACUAUGGGCCUCGGUAGCCAGCCACUGGUGGACAAUAGCCCAUACGACAGCGGUGCACCGGGGCGUCCAUGGGCUGGAGUUGCUAAUUUGGGUCUCAGCGUUGCAAUUGCCAUUGCCAUGGGCCUGGGUCUCUGAAUUUGGUACUUCCCUCUUGGUGGCUUCUUCGAUUUUUCUCAUGGGGAUACUGGUGGCAUCUUCGAUUUGUUAUUUAACUUGGUGGUAUCUAUUCUGGCGCAAUAAGCCAGAGGAUGUGUGGGUUUUUAUUUUUUGAGUUGAGGAGUGUGUGGUUUGGA